AUGGAAAACCCCGACAGUGUGUGCCGUGCUGGAAUUGUGAUCAGCAUGAUCUCGAAAUUUUGUGAAUCCGUCAAAUACCUUAAAGAGUGUAUGCAGUUUCAGGCUCUGAACGGCUAUGCGUCAACCACCGAACCCUCAUACGAACUGUUAGAACAAGCAGGCUCUAUCAUGAACCACAUUGACAGCUGGCACGCUCGCCUUCCACGUCACUGGAAAGCCAAGCUGAAGGAUGCAACGCCUGGCGGUCUUCCUGGGGAGCGUGUCUCAGCUUCCAAAGAUUCCUGGACGACUUGUUUCGUGGCCAUCAUUAGUGCGACGCACUUGUUCUUUUACCUGCAAUUUCUCGAAUACUGUGAAUGCGUCACUCCUAACCUGGAAGCUCUGAAGGCACUUCCGGAUGAAAAUUCAGUCUACUACCCUCUCUACGGAAUUGGUAGUCGGAUCCAGGAUUCAGUCAACAUAAUAUGCUUGUCUGUGUCAUAUGCACUGGGAAGCAUGAACGUACAUGGGGAUUUUGAACCCUUCCACGAUACCAAGCACGGAAUUGGGUACAACCUUCUCUGGCCUAUGUCGCUUGUUGCGAAUUGUCAAUUCUCCAUGACAGAGCAAGCUCGUCUUUGUCGGCGAGCACUCGAGUACACUUGGUCGACAAUGGGCCGUGUUGAUAACUCAUCCUGA